UCACUGGCGCGGCUUGGAACUUAGCAUUUUGUUUGCGUGGGACCAGGCCUGACGCUGUAGCCCCAGGCCUGCGGGGCAGCCCAGACUGGCUUGAAUUAGUUGCCGUGGUGCCCGAGCGACGAGAUUACAGAAAUGCUCUACUGUGGCCUGCAUUGUUGGCGUGUUUACUUUCUUAUCAGUGCGUGCACAUCUGUGUGCGGAGACCAGAGUGUGUCCCCAGAAGCUAGAGUUACAUUCUUCUGGCACACUUCUGCCAUGUCUGGGCGCUGAGAGCCAAGCUCUGUUCUCUUAACGCCCUAGCCUUCUCAAACCAGAAAAUUCCUUCGUUCUGUCUGUCUCUUCUGGAGGAGGGAGGAGGAGUCAGAAAGAUUCCCUGGCAGGCAGGCAGAUAGAGAUCCAGAAAUUCCUGUCAGCUACGCGGAGAGGCUGACCCUCAUUCUCUCCGCUUGGGAAGCAACCCUUUUUAGCAGCAGCACUGACAGAACCUGAGGUCUGGAGAAGCACUAAUGGCUUUCAGCCUGGGUUGGAAAGCUCCCAGGGGCCAGUGGAGUUUCCUGCAGGCUGUGAGCCGUGGCUUCCCCCUGUUCCCCUGGAGGACAGUGGGGAAUGGUUUGAAUCCCCAGAUGAAAGCCUACCUGGAAGAGAACACUGAAGUCACCAGCAGUGGCAGCCUGACCCCUGAAAUCCAGUUACGGCUUUUGACCCCCAGGUGCAAGUUCUGGUGGGAAAGAGCUGAACUCUGGCCCUACAGUGAUCCAUACUGGGCAAUCUAUUGGCCAGGAGGCCAGGCCCUGUCUAGGUAUCUUUUGGAUAACCCUGAUGUUGUGAGAGGAAAGUCUGUCUUAGAUCUUGGGAGUGGAUGUGGAGCUACAGCCAUUGCUGCUAAGAUGAGUGGAGCAUCAAAGGUCUUGGCAAACGACAUAGACCCUAUUGCAGGAAUGGCGAUUACACUAAAUUGCAAAUUAAAUGGACUGAAUCCUUUUCCCAUUUUAACCAAAAACAUUUUGAAUACCCAACAAGUUAAGUUUGACCUCAUUGUUCUUGGAGAUAUGUUUUAUGAUGAAGACCUUGCAGACAGUCUUCAUCUGUGGCUGGAGAACUGCUUUUGGACCCAUAAAACACGAGUACUUAUUGGUGACCCUGGGAGGCCCCAGUUCAGUGGACACAGCAUUCAGCAUCAUCUGUACCAACUAGAAGAAUACACACUUCCACCGUCAACACAGCAAGAUAACAAUGGACUGACCACAAGUACGGUGUGGGAUUUUCAUCCCUGAUUUGUCAGAGUGCUUUCAAGAAUGAGUAUAGUUCUGUUUGUGUUAAACUCUAAAAAUUUCCUCUGUAGGAGGUACUCAACAUUUUAAAGAAUCCAGAUCAGUGUGGUGUGAUGGCUGGAAGUGUGAAUACUAUCACUUGGUAGGCAGAAAUAGGGUGACCUCUUUGGAGGACAGUCUGGUCUACAUAGUUCCAGGACAGCCAAGGAUACAUAGGGAUACCCUGUCUCCUGGAGAAAGUGAUUUAAAAUUUCCUUCAUCCACCUUGGCAUAGUGGUUCAUGCUUUUAGCACUAGGGAGGCAGAGGCAGGUGGAUCUCUGUGAGUUUGAGGCCAGUUUGUUCUACAGUGAGUUCUAGAACAGCCAGAGCUACAUAUUGAGACUUGAGCUGAAAAAAAGAAAAAAACAAACAAAAAUUUCUUUCCUUUGACACCUUUUAUAAUUCUGUAUGGCUUAGUAAAGUUAGUAACUGUUAUGUUCCCAUUUCAUAUAGCAGGUUGUCAGGGUUUUAUAACGACAAAAACAAUGUAAUUAAUAUGUAUCCCACACCGCUGAUUAUGUAGAAGGCAUGUUUAUAUGUGCAUGGUUAUAAUAUACAGAAUUUGCUGCAAUAUUAAUAAAACAUCUCUGGAAAGAU